AUUUUCGACGAUAUAAAACUGUUUAUAACAUUCAACUCCCGCCUAUUGUAAGUUAUACCGUUUUACUGACAACACCUAGCGUUAGACGUGAGAUGAGAUGGUGCCCCGGUAUAAGUAUUGCGUUGGUUGGGUGCUUUGUGUGCUGUUAUUAGUUUCGACCAUCAGUGGAUCGGCGAUCAAAGAUGCGCUGGAAGAACAUCUGAAAGACAUCGCUCACGACGAAGGAGUAGAGUCCAUCAAGCAUGAUAAACAUAAAGGUGAAAAAAUACACCAAGUAGAAAGCCAGCUAAAUGACAAUCAUAAGAACCAGUACUCAAAAGCCAACGAUGAAGCAAAAUACCUCAAGAAGGAGCAUGAUACAAAAUCAUCAUCAGAGGGCGAUGCAUACAAGGGAUAUAAUAGCAAACAAGAUAAAGCGGAGGAUAGUCAGGCGACUGGUUAUAAGAGAGGCCACAAGAAAGGACAUCACAAGCAAGGAUUUCAAAAUUCAUACCAUAAAGAUGAAUCAUCCAAUAAAAGCACCUAUUUCGAUGAUUUAACCGACGAAGGUGAUCAAGCAGCCUACAACAGCAGACUAAACUCUCACGACAACCAGGGCGGAAGAAGCUAUCACGGGUCUCACAAUAACGGUCAAGAAUAUGUAAGAGAUAACUAUAACGGCGGAGGUUAUAACAGGUACGGCGACACAGGGGUAAAGCAACAUGGUCAUCAAGAUUACGGUAAGAAAUAUUAUUUAGAUGACAAUUUGGACCAUAAUAAGUACAAGAAUACGCAUAACAAUUAUGCCAGAGACAAAAUUCAUGAUCAUCAUGAAUAUCGAGCGCCCGAAGUUCGUCAUCAUGAUCCUGGUUGGGAUUGGCAAAGAUGGAAUGAUAAAAGAGAUUGGGAUCGUCCUGGAUGGCAGAGAGAUCCAGGUUGGGAAAGGGAUCCUGGUUGGCAGAGAGACCCUGGUUGGCAAAGAGAUCCUGGCUGGCAAAGAGAUCCUGGUUGGCAAAGAGACCCUGGUUGGCAGAGAGAUCCUGGAUGGGAAAGAGAUUAUGGUGGCCCUGGGUACUAUGAUGAUAGAGGUCUUCGUCACGAAGGAGGAUAUGGUUACGGUCCUAACCAUGGUUACGGUUAUGGCUAUGAUGAAUCUCGUUCUGCUCCAGUCGCAGAAAUCCCGAAAAAUGCGCCUGUAGUUGCACAUAGAAAGCAGACGAUAACUAUCUAUGAAGACCCGAGAUACGACGGUAAGGAAACAGGACAGCUUAGGAAAGAGGAAGGAGAUUACCUUCAGCUAGAUUUCAAACCGAGCAGCCAUCGAUAUGCUAGUUACGACGAUACCUACUACAAUGUUCCUGUAACUCGAGAAGGCGCGAUGGAAUCUAGCAAAAUUAAUAAAUUAGUUUACAAUUAUAGAAGACAAUAGGCGACACGAAAUAUGAAGAUGCUUUCUACAGAUACUCAUUAAAUAACUUGUAGUGAUUUCUAACUUUAAGUUAUUUAUUUAUGAAGUAUUUGAAAUCCUAGUAGAGUACUUAGUUAGUCUAUCUUUCUUUUCUAUCCUUCAUUCCUGAUGUCGUGUCGUUAACUGUGCGGAUUGUAGAUAGAAAGGGUUUAAAAUAAAUUGUAAGCUAGGUAGGCCUACUUUGUAAAGCCAUUGUUUUCAUUUUUAAAUCAUGUGAUUUAAUUUUGUCAACAGGCUGAAUCUUGGGUUGGGAAUUGGUUGUGGGUAUAUUAAUAAGUAUAAAUGCAAGUUAUUUAUUCAGUAUUGUUAAUAGUAGAAUGUUAGAAACCUAAGAAUGUAUAAAUAAAAAUUUUACCUCAAUAUUGUAACUACAGGAAAUUAUACAUUUCG